AUGGCGGCAAUGCUCCACUACGAGUCGUCUAGCUCGGCUUGGUCACUAGACUCCGCUGCUCUACCAAUCACGCCUAGUUUAUCUGUCACCAGCAAAGACGAAACUUUAGAAUCCACCUCACGAGCACCAACCUUGCACGAGAUUCCCCGCUCAUUUUCAGCCGCACCAUUCCUGAAUGCCACCACCAUCUCGCUCUCCAAAUCUGAAACAAACAUUUUUAAUCUCGCUAAGCCCUUCGGCGCCAUCUCACCAACCAUAAGACCUUCACCAUCACUCUCAACUCUUCAGCAAAAGUCCGAAAGAGCCGAGCACAAAGAGCCAACGUCUUUUGGUCCACACGGCAGGCGCAGGUCUAAUUCUCUCUCUGAACAAACCUCCCCGGGCAUUGAUAAAGCGAAUUCAACGCUCGCGCCGCUUUCUGAGCGUCGCCGUAGUGAAACAUCCCGCUAUCUUGGUACCGAUGAUUUCAAAUCCGCAUUCGCAACCAACCUGCUAAAACUCAAGCAACGCGAGAAAGUGGACGGUGAGCCAGCAUCACAAGCUAGUGACCUCACAUCCAAGACAGUGGAGAUGGGUGGCACCCUUCCCCCAGCUGUAAAUUCUCAAAUGAAAGCAAUGCCUUGCGAGCUUCCCUUGGUGCGAGCAGUGCAAUCUGAUUUGGUUGAUGUCCAUACUUCAAUGGUUCAAGUGCGAGAAACUCAUGGUGCACCAACGCGGAAGGCCCACAAUGCAGGCCAAAUCUCCUCCACGGUUGGCCAAUUAAUGACUCUUCCCGCGGAAGAUCUUGAGGCUCAACUCGAAAAGCAUUUCAACCGACUCAAAUCUGAUCGAAUGGAGGACGAACUGGAAGCGAGAAACGAGGUUAUCUCGAUACUAGCACAUCAGAUGUCCAAUCAGCUUGAAGUCAACGAUAAAUUGCUCCACGAGUUGGCCGCCUUGAGAGCUGCAUAUGCUAGCCUACAAUCCUCCUGCACAGACUAUGUGGAUGAGUUGGAGUUUUUGAGAAUGAAACUUCGGGCGAUAGAGGCGGAAAAUGAAGUCGACCGCUCAAGACGCGAAUCCGAGGAUAAGCUUCGGGGUCUUGGACAGAUGGUCCACGAAAGCAAAAAAGCCUUCUGCAGGUUACAAGCUGAAGUCCUUCAUCAAGACAAACGUCGAAGCCUUCAAAACUAUCAUCUGGAACCCCGGCGCAACUCAUCCUUUACUCUCGCUGCCGAAGCUGCGGAAGUCUUAAGUUCACCUCGGCGCAACUCAUCCUACGUUCUUGGUAGUCAGACGGCUGGAGUACUGAAUACAUCAAGCAUCCUAUUACUCAGCUCCGAGAAUCCUCAAAAGAUGCAUGGAGGACCGUUGACGGCGCCCGGACUUACCAACUUAACGUUCCCAUUCAAAUCGGCUGAACCAAAGACAUUCUCAAUUAACAGUAUGGGUAGGAAUCUCUCAGCACCGGCUUCCAAACCAACCAACAAACCAGCAAGACCACCCAAGAGUGCCGCACGCUCUAAUCCAGCCUCUCCAGCAGCAAACAAAAUCCCAAGGGGUCAAUCUGCGAAAUCUGUCGCGGCACCCAGCCGAGCGAACUUCGGAACUCAGACAUCUGAACUUAGGGAAACUGAAGAGCUUGAGAAACUUAGGAAAAUGUGUGCUCGACUCGAGCUAGAACUGAAUGAAAGUGAGGAUUCCCGGAUGGCAUCACAAGACGCGUUAUGCGCCUUACGAAAUUACAUUUCUAGUCAGCCACAAGCUGGCCUAUCGGCCAUCAAACUACCACCAUUACCCACAGACCUGCAAGUAGAAGACGGCCACGAAGAGGCGCUUAGUAACCGGUGGAAUAUAUCCAACUUCGUGUCCCGCUCUAAUCCUCUCAAAUCCAGCGGUGCUGGGUCCGCAAGCCCAUACCUCAAAUCCCCCUCUGUUCAAGGGAGUCCCGCGUUUGGAAACGCCUUCAGUGGGUUCAACAUUUGGGGUCGAAGUCCCGUUCUGGGAUGA